GUGUCAGCUACAAACAGGAAAAAUGUAGUUGAGCAUUCUCAAAAAAUUAUGGAUGAAUAUAGAGAGAAAGAUGGGGUAGAUUGUGAAAACAAUAAAUUUAUUAUACAUCUGAAGAGGGAUAUGAAGAUUUCAAGAAAAAAUGCCUCUAUGAUUAUGGAAAUUAUAAAAGUCAGAAAAAUAAAAGUUAAGAAAUAUUCUGAUAUCAAUUUUUGA